AAUAAGUGACGUGUUUGUUGAUUGAAUUAUUAGUCGGAAGCGUAGGGACACCGCUUUUCCUUGACCUCGUGCAGUGUGUUUUCAUUUGUGGGAUAGUUUGAAAGACAAAGUGUACAGCAGAAAUCGCCAUACAUUGCAUAAACUUCGAGAAAGUAUUCGGGAAGAAAUAUACAGGAUUUCCCCAGCAGAGGUGCAUCGUGUCCUUGUACUGCAGUGCAUGUUCACAACCACGGCGGGAAUAUUUUCAACGCCACCUCCGAAUCGAACAUCGGGAGUAAUUAAAGAAGGAUUGCUUUCCUCUACGGACCUCAGUUGUCGAUACGCCGUCAUCUACAGCAGAUCGACUCCGAGGCUCUCCAAGAAGGACUUCCACCAUCGUCCCCCGUACUCUAAAGAAAUAGCAGCACUGAGGCCCACAAUGCAUUCAACAAGGGGAUGGUGGGUCCUUGUAGCGUAUCUUCUAGUCGCCUAUCUUGGGAAUUUCUGCCUAGCUGCGGGUCUGUCUCUGAACGACCUGAAAUACCACAGGAGCACGGAUCACGUCGGACGCCACCACCAUGGCACGCAGACCGCGGAGGACACGCUAUCAGAAUCUACCACAAACGAACCCGACGUGGAGGAUGUGAAGAACAUCGAGAAUGCUUGUUGCAGAAGACAGGAGAAAUUCGUCUCUAUCGGAUUCGGAGUAUCGGGUGAAGUCGUCCAGUUGGACGUCGGCCAUUGCCAGAAAAAGAGAUGCCUGAGUCUUCUGUCCCUCAUGGACCCUGAUGUCGCAGAUUUCGACAGCUCCGUAUUUAAGCCGUGUCCUAGGGAAUCUUCAUGCCUGCCCUUCAGGUCGCGCAUUCAGAGGGUCAGCACGCUGAGUGGGAUUCAGGAGCUGUCCGUGGUGGAGGAGUGUGUCUGCAGACACAAAUCAGGGCGCUGCUACAGACAACCCCACACCUUGCAGCUGUACCCAGGCACUCCCUACGAGACGCACCUCGAUGUGGGAGUCUGCUCAGGGGGCUGUGACUCAGAGUCAGGCUGUAGGCCUGUGAGAAACAAAACUGUGAGCAUUCCGGGACCCAACGGCGUCCAGUGUCACUCCGUGACUGAGGAGUGCUCGUGCGCUGGAGACUGCUACCGGAUGAGCUCCCUCGAGACGGUGUACGACUACACGGACGUUCCGGACAACGGCACGGGGUCCGCCCCUGCCAUCAAGGAAGUUGAUGUUGGCCAGUGUACGGGGUCAUGUUCCAGCGGACAGACGAGAAAAUGUCUGCUUAGGGACCAGACAGACCCCAGUAAAUGCCUAACAGGGCUUUAUGCUAAGCAGUCAUCAUGCACGCCAUCGCAUUUCAAAGUCCAUCGCUACACCACGAAGGAUCGUCAGACGAAGGAGAUCAUCUCCGUCACACACUGCAAGUGCAUGUGACAAGCAGGUGUUAAGAACUGGUACUUGGAAUGGUAUGGAAGCAAACUAAUUUAUUUUGAAUUCCAAAAAUAUGUUUUAUGACUCAAAAUUAAUAUAGCCCCGAUAAUUACUAGAUUAUUAUACAAUAAAAAUACUCAGGCGUAAUAGAAGUUAAGAUCUCGAAAUUCAGAAUUUUAUUGUUUGAAAUCAUUUUUUAUUUGCAAAAUACAUAUCGUUUGAUUACUCUGUAAAGUGUUCUUUCUUUACAGCACUACGCGUCUAUAAAAUUCAAGCAGUAGUAACUUUUAAAAUUUCAUAUAUUAACUCUAUGCCAUUCAGCUGAUGAUCAGUUUCAAUUUUUAAAUGAUUUUUUUAAAUUGUAAGCACUUCAUCAAUUCCUGUAGUUUCAGAGAUAUCAGAAGUGGGGGGGGGGCUGGACCAUGAGGAAGUCAUCCACGUCCAACAUUUUGACAGCUUUAAGACGUCUUCUGAACUAUAACACCAUUUAAUCUGGUAGAAGUUGAACUAUGUUUCAGAGGUGCUUGUUGCCUCCAUCAUCAGGGUGAUGAAUGUAAUUUUCCUGAUGGUGGAGAAAGCAGGAACCUCUUAAACAUAGUUAAGCUUCAACCAGACUGCACGAUGUUACGAUCCAGGAGACAGGAAUAUUCAUACUCGCCACUAUGAGAAUCUCAAGUCGUGCUUAGUUUGGCAGUUUGCUCACUUAUAAACAAUUCAGUUCCAAACAGACAGUAGCUAUUACGAAUAUGAAUUAAUCGCGAUGUUUCUUAACCCAUUGACAUUCUUUGACAGCUGUGAGACAUUUUCCCAUUCUACUGAUUUCAUCUACUUUGUAGGCUGUGAAAUAUUAACUAACUAACUACCUGGCUUACCGAACCAGAAGGUUCAUCACCGAAUUAACCAAAGCCCUCCACCAGACCCUGUCCUGGGCCAAUAAAAUCCAGUUUCCUUCAACUCCUAUCC